AUGUCUGCCCCUGGAGCUGGCCACGAAUUUCCUGCCCAAGAAGUUUCUUGGCAGAAGCGCGAUGUCCUACUGUUUGCCAACAGCAUUGGCUGUAAGGCCGACGAACUCCAGUUCCUCUACGAGUUGCACCCUAACUUCUCGGUCUUCCCCACCUACCCGCUUAUUCUCCCUUUUAAGCUCACCGACCAAGAGGUGACUGAUUUUUAUGCGCGCCAAAAGGCCACUCACAUUCCUGGCGUCCCGAAGCUGGAUCACCGUCACGGUGUCGAUGGCCAGCGAAAGAUCACUAUCCUGAAACCCCUUCCUCCUACUAGCGCUGGACGGAAGUUUGAGCUGCGCAACAAAGUCAUUGGUGUUUAUGACAAAGGGAAGCCCGGAACUGUCAUUGAGACAGAACAGUCUAUUGUGGAUAAGGCGACCGGCGAGGUCUACUCCAAGGUCCAAUCCAGUGGUUUCUUGGUUGGACAGGGUAACUGGGGCGGUCCUAAGGGCCCCGCUACUGUCAACUUCCCCCUCCCGAGGGCAAGACCCCCGAUGCCGUGCACGUUGUCCAGAGCAGCAUGGAAACCGCGCACCUAUACCGGUAUAGAUCCUUUUAUAGACCGGUGGUUAUUCAAUGCACAGUAUACUAACAGUUUAAUUAGUCUGAACGGAGACUACAACCCUCUCCAUGCCACCCCUGAGCCUGGCCAGAAAAUGGGCUUCGGUGGCAUCAUCAUUCACGGCCUGUUCAGCUGGAACUCCUCUGCGCACGGCAUUCUGCGCCUCCUUGGUGGUAGCGAUCCGGCAAACUUGAAGGAGUUCCAGGCUCGCUUUGCAUCCCCUGUUCGUCCUGGCGAUACCCUGACGACUGAGAUCUGGCGCCUGGGAAAUGCUGGGGCCGAUGGUUUUGAAGAGAUCCGUUUUGUUACUAAGAACCAAAACGGCAAGGCAGUUUUGAGCAACGGUCGGUGCUUGCUAAAGGUUACUAACCCUAAGAGCAAGCUGUGA